AUGUUAACCAUUUCGGUGACGAGUAUAGCAGCAACAGAAGAUCCCUCAAGUACAGCCGACGUAUCUCCAAGGAUUGUAAGGUUAAUGGCGAGGAGAAGAGUUAUCGAGUCGGUCGACGGCAAUGUCUUGCCGAUGAGGAACGCGGUAUUGUUCCGCCGGAAAGGGCGGUUCUGGCCGGACAUUUUUAGGCCGGGGAGGUACAUGUGUAUUUUGAUGUUUUGGGGUUUGAUGACACUUCUUUUCAUGAUGUUGCUCGCCAAGUUUGCUUUGUUGAACACUCUCCAUGACUUGAAGCUCGACCAGAGUGAAUUCAUUACGGCGAGGUCGGUUGAGAUUUCGAUUAGGACAAACAAAUUGAUCACCGAAGGUGACAAUAUUAUUAUUUCCGAAUUCAAGAAAAUUCCGUUACCUCCCAAACUCACGCUACCUGAUAUUUGGACCAAGCCAAAUGCAGAUUUGUACUAUAAAUGUGUUCAAAGAUCAAGUAAAGAUAUAAGAGACCCUACAAAUGGUUAUAUUCUUGUUCAUUCCAAUGGAGGAUUGAAUCAAAUGAAAACUGGGAUAAGUGAUAUGGUUGCCAUUGCAAAAGUGAUGAAUGCCACUUUGGUUCUCCCAUCUUUAGAUCACAAUUCCUUUUGGACUGAUCCAAGUGAUUUUAAAGACAUAUUUGAUUGGAAACAUUUCGUUGAAUAUUUGGAAGAGGAUAUAAGUGUUGUGGAUCAUCUCCCACCAGCUUAUGCAUCAAUUAAGCCUCACCAACGAGCUCCGGUUUCUUAUUCCAAGGCAAGUUAUUACAGUAAUCAAAUGUCUUCUUUGCUGAAGAAACAUAAGGUGAUUAACUUCACCCACACCGAUAGCCGGUUGGCUAACAAUGGCCUUCCUAACCCUAUUCAAAGGCUCCGCUGCCGUGCAAUGUAUGAAGCCCUUAAAUUCACCGACGAAAUACUAGAACUUGCCGACAAGUUGAUUACUAGGCUUAGGGACGAUGACAAGCCUUUUAUUGCUCUUCAUUUAAGAUACGAGAAGGACAUGCUUGCUUUUACGGGUUGCAGUCACAACCUAAGCAAAGCCGAAGACGAAGAGCUUCGACAACUACGACGCAGUGUCCGACACUGGAAGGAAAAACACAUCAACGGUGAAGAAAGGCGACGACAAGGGGUAUGUCCGAUGACACCACGAGAAGUGGCUGUGUUCCUCGAGGCGAUCGGGUUCCCUUCCGAUACCAAAAUCUACAUCGUCGCCGGAAAUAUUUACGGUCAAGAUGGUGUUAAAGCACUCCAAGACAAGUACCCAAAUAUAUACACUCAUUCAAAUUUAGCAACGGAGGAUGAAUUAUCGCCUUUCAAUAAUCGCCAAAAUAAGCUCGCAGCUGUGGAUUACACCGUAGCACUUGAAAGCGAUGUUUUCGUUUUCACUUACGACGGAAACAUGGCCAAAGCCGUCCAAGGUCAUCGGAAAUACGAAGGUUUCCGAAAAACUAUCAUACCAGACAAGAAAAACUUUGUGAAAUUGAUUGAUCGAAUGGAUAAGGGAUUAAUAUCGUGGGAGGAGUUUUCAAUGAAGGUUAAGAUACUACAUGCAAACAGAACAGGGGGAGCAGUUUUAAGAAAGCCUGGAAAAGUAGUGAAAUCAGAGGAAAGUUUCUAUGCCAAUCCAUACCCAGGCUGCAUUUGCGAAAAGUAAACCCUAAAAAGGGAUAGUGUUCUUUUUAGAGUUCAGAUUAGGGUUUUCGAGCAAUGGGAAUCGAGAUUGAUCCGCCAUUGCAUAAGAACCCUUUUCUUAUUUUUUCUCCAUCGAACCUUUAGUUCAGUCGAUAGCUGUAAGCCUCUCGUGCUUCGAUUAAUGGGAGGAAUAGAUGAGCUAAGCAUUUAAAGGUUAGAUCAGAAAGAAGAAAUCAU